CUUAGUUUCGUCUAUUUCUUCCUUCCUGGUCUAUCAUCCAUUCAAUUUACCCUAUAUUUGAUAACAAAAUUGCCCAUACAUAAGCAUCAUGGCUUUCCUGUAACGGACCGUCACGGCUCGCGCUGUGGUGAUUCGUCAAGUACCUUGUCGUCGUUUUCGAUAUGGCGUGGAAAUCAUCCGGGGUGUGGAAAAAGCCCAUCGACCGGCCUCAGACAAACGAAGAUGACUCAAGCUUCCCAGGACUCAAGCCAAAGGGUCCCGAGGCUGCCAGCAAGAUUGAAUAUGAGGAGCUUCAGCAGAACGAGCUCAUCGCUCUCGAAGCCAUUUAUGGAGAGGAUUUUAUGAGGCAUGCAGAGACACCGGGCGCUUGGAAGAAAUCAGACCCCUCAUUCGAUGUCCGCAUCAGGGCUUCUUCGGAUGAGGACUUGGCCAUCACUCUUGGCGUAGUGAUGACUGCUACGUAUCCCAAGAGCCCGCCGUUACUGACGCUGAAGAGCACCGGCGACCUUCGUGAAGUUACCCUAUUCAAACUUCAGAAAUUCAUCGAGACACAGCCCAAAAUCUUUGCCACCGAGGAGCAGGAGAUGAUGGACCGGAUUGUGGAAGGACUAAGAGACAUUCUCGAAGACGCCGCUCAAGCCAAGGCGAAGGGUCUUGAGCUGCCUUCGCUUGAAGAAGAGAGAGCCUCUCACGAGGCCUUACUGGCCAAACUGGCCCAGGAGCAGAGAGAAGAAGAGGAACGCAAGAAGGAGGAAGAGAACAAAGAGGAAGAGAGAGUUCUUGGCGGCUUGUUGCAGGUUGAGUUGAAACGCCAAAAGGACAAGGCGAAGGAGACGCGCAAGAAGAACCGCCCCAACGGACUACCAUCUCUCAACACAAUGGAUGGCUUUAACGGCCCGGAAAGUGGCCGCAUAAUAUUUGACCGACCUUGCAACACGACUGACAAAACCGGAAACGCCAUUUCAUUUCAGGCCGUCUUCGGAAAGUCCGAGAUCGCCAAAGGCUCCGUUUCAACUGUCUUCUCCGUUUGGCCCGUCGUUGACAGUGGUCAGGACUGUCCCACCUUGGCUCUCAAGGAAGCCGUUCUUCGUACAACUGCCAAAGAGGACGUUUCUGUCUUCAAGAAACAAAUUCAGUCCCUCGAAAGCCAACUUGAGGCACUUAAGCAAGUGCGUCAUCGGAAUCUGCUCGAGGUAUUGGACUUCAGAGUGGAGCGCGAGAAGAGCAACAUGGCAAAAGCGUUGGCCAGUCUUUGGACCGUCAACGUUCUCACCCCUAGUGCCGAGAAGGGAUCUCUAGCUGAACUUCUCGACCUCGCUGGCCAGUUGGAUACCAGCAAGGUGCGCGCCUGGACGCGAGAUCUACUGGAUGCUCUCAACUUCCUACACAACAAGUCUAUGGUCCACCAAGACAUCCACGCAGGGAACGUCUUGCUUUUCCGGGAACAAACAGGAGAGGUUGUCCCAAAACUCGCAGACGCGGGCUAUCAACGAGAGUUGCACAACAUCAAAUCCAAAAGCCAUGCGCCUCUGGGACUGAGCUCGGCAAAAUCCGCUUAUUGGCUGCCGCCGGAAACUGCCGCGUUGUCGAAACCGCAUUACACGCAGAAGACGGACAUGUGGGAGUUCGGCAUUGUCUUCUUGCAAAUGAUAUUUGGGCUAGACGUGCCUCAAAAGUAUCAUUCGCCUUCCUCCGUGUCAGAUUCUAUGUCAUUGUCGAGGCCAUUGCAAGAGUUGGUUACCAGAUUCUUCAAAGCGGAUCCUAAGAAACGGCCUCGCGCCUUCGAGCUCGGAUCCAGUGAGUUCCUUGCCACAGACGCCCCUGUAAUAGUGGAGGACAGCCUUGCGAUCACGUCGAAUUACCAUUCUCUCAACACCCUGUCCCCAAUACCCCCAAGGCUGAGACGUGAGUCGACGAAUAGAACUCUCACCUCGUCGAGAUACCGAGAAGACUUUGAUGAGGAGGGUCGUCUAGGUAAGGGUGGAUUUGGGGAGGUGGUCAAGGCCCGGAAAAAGUUGGAUGGACAAAUAUACGCCAUCAAGAAGGUCAGCCAAAGGUCGCAAGCAAGCCUGACUGAAAUCCUGAAAGAGGUUCGCCUGUUGUCACAGCUCAGCCAUCCAGCCGUGGUUCGCUACUACAACACCUGGGUCGAGGAGAUUCCGGACCAGUCUGACGCAGAGGGCGACACCUCCACGGAAGACUUGAACACGGAAGAUUCUCGAGACACGAUAUCUCAAGGCCCCGCCAUUCACUUCACGACAAGCACCGGUGGCCUGGACUUUAUGUCAUCCAGUGGCUACCCCCAAGUGGAGUUUGGCUACGACGAUUCGGACGCAGAAGACGACUCCGGCUCCGAAGAAGAGGAUGAGGACGAGGACGACUCGGAGGAUGAGAGCGACUCCGACUCUGACAACAGUAGUCAGGCGGUCGGACGCGCGCCAAAGGGCAAAGAGAUCUUGAGAAGGACUCAAUCCCACCGAUCUUCCAGGACAGUUUUGUACAUCUCCAUGGAAUACUGCGAGAAAAGGACACUACGUGAUCUGAUCACCAGAAAGCUUUAUCAAAACACACCGGAAAUUUGGCGUCUUUUCCGACAAAUACUCGAAGGGCUUGCCCAUAUUCACGGCCUCAGCAUCGUUCAUCGAGACCUGAAGCCCGAAAACAUCUUCAUUGCCCAUAGUAGCGAUGGAACGGACAACGUCAAGAUUGGCGAUUUUGGAUUGGCAACCAGUGGCCAGUUUGCUGUCGACAGAGCUUUACCAAACGCUAUGGAAUCAGACGACAUCACCAGAAGCAUCGGAACCACGUCUUAUGCCGCCCCGGAGGUACGGUCGGGUUCCAGCGGGAUGUACAGUUCCAAAGUCGAUAUGUAUUCUUUGGGUAUCAUUUUUUUCGAGAUGUGUUAUCCUCCGAUGCUCGGCAUGCAGCGAGCCGAGGUCCUCGAGAAGCUCCGGCGACCGAGCCCAAUACUUCCUCCAGAUUUCAAGCCUGCGGAAAGAGUACAGACAGAGAUUGUCUUGUCGUUGGUAACACACAACCCGAAAGAGCGGCCUUCAAGCGCGGAACUGCUCCAAAGCGGAAAGCUCCCGGUCCAAAUGGAGAGUGAGACCAUCAGACGUACCCUUGCAGGCCUCGCAGAUCCCAGCUCACCCUACUACAAGAAGAUGUUGUCGACUUUGUUCUCCCGGCCACUGGAACAAGCCAAGGACUACGCGUGGGAUAUGCACGAGUCGAGCCCGAGCCAGUCAGACUUAUUGAACCAGAGCAUCGUCAAGGAAACCUUGAUAUCCAUAUUCCGCCGACACGGAGCUCUGGAGUGUCAACGGACAUGUCUCUACCCCCGUUCCGCCCACUAUGCCGAGAACGUUGUGAGACUUCUGGACUCGAACGGAACGGUCCUACAGCUUCCCUUCGAUCUUACGAUGGGCCACGCGAGGAUGCUUGCCAAGGCCAGCGCAGCGCCAGGCGUUCAGCGGACAUUCACAUUCGGCAAUAUUUUUCGCGACAAAGGGGACACUGGGCAGCCCUACAUGCUUGGUGAGGUUGACUUUGACAUUGUGACGACCAACACCCUCGAUCUGGCUUUGAAGGAAGCGGAGGUCCUGAAGGUGCUCGACGAAAUCAUUGCGACCUUCCCCUCGCUAUCCUCGAGCCAGAUGUGUUUCCACCUGGGACAUUCCGACUUACUACAGCUUAUAUUCGACUACUGCCGAGUCGAGCACGGCUCUCGGAGAGCUGUGGCAGACGUCCUCAGCAAGCUGAACAUUCACCACUGGACUUGGCAGAAAAUCAGAGCGCAGCUGCGAUCUCCGAUGAUCGGUUUGUCAGCGACUAGUGUCGACGAACUACAACGAUUCGACUUCCGAGAUACACCGUCAAAGGCCUUUUCCAAGCUCAAGACCCUCUUUGAAGGCACCGACAUGUACCAGCGAGCUUCGUCGACCUUGGCGCAUCUGCGAGAGGUCUCGGAAUAUGCCAAACGUCUCGGAGUUGCGAGCAAAAUUUACGUCACUCCUCUGAACAGUCUCAAGGAAAGCUUUUACACCGGGGGAAUACUCUUCUCCUGCCUCUACGACAAGAAAGUCAAGGACGUUUUCGCCGCGGGUGGUCGGUACGACAGCCUCAUCAGAGAGAACCGCCCCAAAAUUGGGAACAACUACGAAGAGCGCCACGCCGUGGGGUUCAAUUUGUCGUGGGAGAAACUAUCGAGGUCUCCGAAAAGCGGUGGUAGGGCUUUCUUGAAGAAAUCCGAAGAAGAAAGCCAUGACAUUUUUGACAACGCCAAGAGAGUUCGUCGUCCGCCUCCCCUCGAUUUGGCCAGGCUACUAAUAUGUUCUCAGUGCGAUGCUUUGGUAGCCAGCUUCGAUGCUGCCGUCUUGCGGUCUACGGGAAUAGAAAUCCUGCAGAUGCUCUGGUCGCACAACAUCAGCGCCGAGCUUGCAAAGGAUGCACGAUCGCCAGAAGAUUUGCUAUCCCGGAAUCGUGAUGAGGGGUACUCGUGGAUCAUCGUUAUCAAGCAAGACGCGAUCCUGAAGGUCAAAACGAUGGACAAGAAAGACACGCCCGACGUCGACAUACCUAUGGCGCAGUUGCUCUCGUGGCUGCGAGCCGAGAUCCGGGAGCGCGACUCCAAGUCCGUAGUCAAGCUGAGGGGCAGCGCCCAACAGUCCGAGACGGGGGCUGCGGCAGAGACGCACCAUGAGCAAGACGUGCGCGUGCUGACGGCGCAGACGAGGAGCAAAAAGUUCAAUCGGAGGACAGUCGUGGAGCAGGCGCAGGUGAGCGCCGGCAGUCUGGUCCACUCGUUCCUCGAUGGACCCAUCCUGGCCGUCGAGACAACGGACCAGGUGAUGGAUCUCAUUAGAGACACGUGCCUGUCGGACGGGGAGAGCUGGCGCAAGGUAGAACACAGCGUAACGACAGCAGAGAAGAAGUAUGUGCGCGAAAUCCACGACAUGUUACUUAAUUGGAAAUGGACCUGGGAGAAGAAGAAUGCCAGCCGGCACUCGUUCCUGUACAACUUCAGGACGGGGAACUGUAUUUACUAUGACCUGGGGGCGUAGGCGAAGCCGAGCCGAGAGGAUGUGGUUGGGCUGCCAUAGCAGGAUAUGCUAGCAAUCAAGACAAGAGCAUUCUAACGAUGCAACCGACGUUAAGCACGUCUUCCUCGGGCUUUGGAAAUGAUCACAUCGUGAGCUUGGGACAAUACCCGUGUGUAAGGUCCAAAAGCAGGGGGUCGGUGCCAAGGUCAUGACAUGCUUCGUGGGUUGGUUGGUUCCCCGAGUCGCAUGGCUGAACCGGGACGAUCGGACAAAGCACCGGGGUCAAGUU